CUGCGAGCUUCAAAAUAUUCUAUUUCCGUCUUUUUUCCUUGUCGCGACUCGUUGCUCCUCGUCUCCAGUUGCUGCGCCCCGGUGGUGGUCUCCCCCUCCACGCCGACUCGUACCGUCGCCAUCUGUGCCUUCAAAUGAUAGACACGACAACUCGACACACUCUGACCACUACCACCACGAUCCUAGUCCUCGACCUCCGAGUACCGUAAACCUUUUUCACCGACCGAUCGAACGAUUGUAUUCCACCACCGCGAUCCCACAAUGGCGCACCACGACGGGGCCGACGCCCAUGCCGGCCAUGCCGCCCCCGCUCAACCGCCCAUGAAAUCCGACACAGCAACUCCCAAGCUGAACAGCGAGGUCGAGCUCGGUAGCCUCCCCAGCGAAGCACAUAACGAUAUCAUGCAAAUGGCAAGGGUAGGCGACAUUGCCGGCAUGGAGAAGCUCUUUGCGGCCGGCGAAUACGAUGCCACCUACUCGGAUGACGAGGGCAUCACGCCUCUACAUUGGGCCGCCAUCAACAACCAGUACGCCAUGUGCAAGUUCCUCAUCGACAAGGGCGCCGAGAUCAACAAGAAGGGAGGAGAGAGCGUCGCAACGCCUCUACAAUGGGCCGCCCAACGAUGCCACUACUACACUGUCCACCUGCUGCUCCAACACGGCGCCGAUCCCUUGAUCACCGAUUCUCAGGGGUACAACACACUACACAUCAGCACCUUCAACGGCAACGUCCUGCUGAUCGUCCUCCUCCUCCACCAAGGCAUCCCCGUUGACGUCGAAGAUGCCUACGGCCAUACCGCUCUCAUGUGGUCCGCAUACAAGGGCUUCCCCGCCUGCGUCGAUGUCUUUCUCCGCUGGGGAGCGAGUGUCCACGCCAAGGACGAGCAGGGGUUCACGGCACUACACUGGGCCUUGGUCAAAGGAAGCCCGGGGUGCAUCCAGAAGCUGAUUGAGUACGGCGCCGACCGGUUCGCAAAGACAGCCAACGGCAAGACCCCCGCGAUCACGGCUCAGGAGCUCAACACGGUUGCCGCGUGGCAAAAGGCGCUUGACGAGUGCGGUUACGACGAGCAUGGCAACGCCAUUGUCCCCAGCUGGCCUGGCGCGUCGUAUCUCCUUCAGGAUAGGAGAUCCUUCAUGACCAAGUUUACGUUUCUGUGGCCGUUUGUUAUGGUGUGGGCGACCAUGGUUGUCAUGGCUGGCAUGCCCGUGUUCGUUGGAAUCCCGUUGGGCGUCUUGGCGGGCUAUGCCGUUCAGUGGGUGGCACAGCAGGUCAUCGCUUAUGCCCCGCCAGACAUGAGGCAACUGCAGAAGACGCCUUGGAUGGCUGGCAUCUUUGCUGGGUCGCUAUUCUUGUGCAUCAUGAACUGGCUGCUACACAUCUUUGGCACCACAAUGUUUGGACAGGAUUCGGCAGUCAUCCCCAACUUGCUGUUUGCCAUCUUCAUCUCCAUGACUAUCUGGUUCUACAUCCGGUGUAUGGUUGAUGAUCCUGGGUUCGUGCCCAAGAUGGGAGGUGUCGCUGAGCAAAAGGCCGUCAUCGAUGAGCUUAUCAGCCUGUGGAAGUUUGACGAGUCCAACUUUUGCGUUACCUGCAUGAUCCGCACGCCUUUGAGGAGCAAGCAUUGCCGUAGGUGUCAACGCUGCGUGGCGAAGCAUGAUCAUCACUGCCCUUGGGUGUACAACUGCAUCGGCGUCAACAACCACCGUCAUUUCUUUCUUUACCUCAUCAACCUUACUCUGAGUGUUGUCACCUAUGACUGGUUGACCUACAGAUACCUUUCCACCCUCUCCGAGACCGCCUCCGACGAGUGCAACAUCCUGGCCCCCUCGCUCUGCCGCAUCGUCAACGCCGAUACCUACAGCCUCCUAACUGCCAUCUGGGCCUCGCUUCAACUCACCUGGGUCUCCAUGCUCCUCUUUGUCCAGUUCGUCCAAGUCUCUAGCGCGAUGACCACGUACGAAAACAUGCACGGCAUCGACAAUUACUCGGCCACCUCCCUCAACAGCGCCUUCACCUCCACCGGCGCCCCCCUCAACCCACCCUCUCUCCCCGCCCCCGGUCCAUCCCCUGCUGCAGGCGGCGCUCGUCACGGUGGCCGCCACGCACACGGACACAACCACAAGCAAGGCUUCAUCAAGCAAUGGUCCCGGCUUCUCGGCGUCGACGCCUUUAUUGAAACUGCGGCAGGUCGGGGUGCGACUACGGGCAAGGGAUCCAAGAGAAACAAGCGCGGCAACCCCUAUAGCAGAGGGUGCGUCACGAAUUGUAAGGACUUUUGGUGUGAUCCGAGCCCCAUGUUUGGCAAGCAUGAGAAUGGCGCGGCGGUGUUGGGCGGUGUACCGGUGAACUAUACGGAUAUGUAUGAGAGUCCGGGGGUCAUGACAUCUGGUGGCGGAGGGAGGAGGAGAGGUGGGGGGUAUGAGAGCGUUGCUGGUGAGGAGGUGUAGAUGGGAAGUUGUGUACAAUGAUGCACGGGGGUCUGGAGCUCUUGAGCUAUUUGGGUAAUGACAUAGUCGACUGGUAGACUAAUGAUGAUGAGUAUCUCUAAUUGGAGCGCGGCUUCAAUAUAGGUAGUCUCGUGAUGACCGUAGGAAGUCUCUGGCUACAGCAGCCAGGUCGGUAUCGAGCUGUUUCCGCCUUUCAUUGAUCUCCGAUAUUUGGAGACAACAGGUGUCGUGGUGGAAAUUGGAAAGCCAGGGCCGAUUUUUGGUUGCGGGGCCAUGUGUUUAGUUUUCGCCAAUGAAAUCUUCAAGUGUCAGCC